AUGACAAAAUUAAGUGGAGUAAAUAUUCGUGAAUUAAUUUCUUUAUCUGAGACAGAAUUGAUGACAAAGAUUGUAGAAUUAAAGAAAGAAUUAGCAAACUUAAGAGUUAUACAAUCAACUGGUACAGCUCCAAACAAGUUAUCAAGAAUUAGUAUUGUUAGGAAAGCAAUUGCACGUAUAUUGACAAUUUUAUCUCAGAGAUCAAAGAAAGCAUUGAGAGAACAAUAUGCAAAUCGUAAAUAUGUACCUCUUGAUUUACGUCCAAAGUUAACCCGUGCAAAGAGACGUGCUUUAACAGCUACUCAAGCAAAUAGAUUAACAGUUAAGGCAAGUAAGAAGGCUUUAAAUUUUCCUAGAAGAAAAUUUGCUAUCAUUACAUAA